AUGGAUGACUUCUUAGAUACCUCAGGAAUUGAUAUGAAUAACAAAUCAAAUCUUUCCAUAUAUAUACAAUUGAUUACCUUCAGAAAAGGCUCCGCGGAUGAAAUGAUCAUUGAUGUACGAGAAGAUUGCCAAGUCGAGACUGCUCGAUGUCUGUCUAAACGGCUGGACUUUCGGUUUCGCUAUGCAUAUGAGACUCGCAGAGCCACAAUCACCCGGAACUCAUCUCUUCAUACUUUGGAGGUACCCGACUUGUACGAUUAUCAGACUGAUUUACAAGGAUCGUUUUAUCACGACUUUAUCAUUGGUACUGGAGAUUCAAACAUGGAUGUGGAUAUCUCUGCAUACCAAGAUUUCUUAGCACCACUACCUGAAUUCUCUAGUGACUUUGAUGUAUUUGCGCAGGAUAUGGGACUUUCAGAUGAGCGGUCCGCCAGCGUGCUAUUGAAUGAUUUGGACCUGGACAACAACACCUUUGGUACUUCUACAAACUUUCAGAUAGGGCAUGAUGGCGAAAAAACCCUGCCAGACUGGUUUGAUCUGGUAAAUAUUGUGGACCAAGAUCACUUUGACCCGGACAUCAACAUGCUGGAUGAUACUCGACUCGACAAUACUACUUUUGAGAAUGCACAUGAAUCAUGCGAAAGUCUUCAAUCGGGAAUGAAUACUCCAGUUACUAGCGGAAUUCAGAACUCUAUAACCGAUAUACCAGCAUGGAGAGACACACCUCUAGUUCCUGUGGCGGUACUAGACAUACCAACACCUCGACCUCUUAGUCCUGUAGAGCUAGCCCACAGUGUCCCAUCAAAGAACUCACAGUCACAAGGAAUCGACAUUGUUGUCAAACCUAUUCUGAAUCGAAGCGAUUCUAGCCUCGAUAAUACAGCGUCAAGCUAUCAAGAAGGGGUUUUUAGUUCGAUGCCCGGUUGUUCGAGUAUGCCAACUACUUAUGGAUCUUCACCUCAUCGUAUGGGCCCUUUAGACUCCGCCACACGUGCCAAAGCAAAUGCUGUAAAAGCUAUAGGGGCUUGUUGGCGCUGCAAGUUCUUACGAAAGCCAUGUGAUGCACAAAACUGUUGCAUUCAAUGUAAAGGGAAGCAGGGUGGACCGUGGCACAGUAUUGGAUGCAAACGGGGCGAUAUCAAAAAGAAAAUGCUCCCGAUAUCAUUGUGUCCCGCAAGAACCAUUCAAACACGGAAUCCAUGCACAGUAUCGGAAAUGUACAAGCCAUGGCUUUCUGCAAAUCAAUAUCGCCUCGAGAUAUCCAAGCGUCGCGAAAAGAAUUUACGUCCCGAGAUUAUGAGCGCUUCACACCCCACGAAGAUUGGUCAAUUUCUUCAAAAUUUGGCAAGUGGUAGGCCGCUAGCCGUUGAUUUACAACGAAACAGAUCAUCCUUGUUAGAAAGGUUCAGAGACACUGCACCAGCUGUGUUGAAGCCGCUUGAUGACUGCAUUUUGACUAUACUUUGGGGAUUUCUCAAUUGUGAAAGUGCAGAAAAAGCAGUCCAACCCUGGAUAACAUUACACAGUGGGACCAUAGAAGAUUUUAUAUUACUUCUACAUUCUGCAGCUAUAUAUCAAGCAAGUUUUGAAAGUAAUCAACUAAUUGCUUACUCACUCACCUGUCUUCGCACUUGCGUCGAAGCUCUGCACAUAAAUAUAUUGGGGGGCUUCGAGCAUUCGCAUGAAGCAUGUGAAUUAUCUAUUUGUAAGGUCGAUUGCAUACGGGAUCUCGAAUUACAAAUAGAACAGUACCUGGAUGAACUAUCUCGAGUUAUUUUUCUGAAAGAAAACAUGCGAAACCGAUUCUGGUGGCUGUCAGCUUUCUACAGUCUUUGUAUUCAGGGGGUUGUUCGACAAGCAUUAGUAUUGUUGUCCUCUAAUGACCACAACGAGAUAUCGGGAAUUGAGAAGUCGAGCUCUGCACAAUAUUUACACAUUGCAAUUCGGUUGUUCUCUGUGAGUUCCGGUAGCCAUGAUCCGUUAAUUCAAGACUGGUCUUCUCAACUUGCGUUCCCACCGGCUGGAGUCGGAGCGCCAAGUGUCGAAGAUUACCAAAUUGCCCAAUCAGCGAUCAAUCAAUCCCAGUGGAAAUUCAAAGGUAUCAAGAAGUCUGGGAAUUAUCUGAAGAAUCUGUUCGAGGACAAUGGGGGUCCUCUCGCAGAGCCCCACGACGAAUCUGUAACACUCAGUAUCCUACCCGAACCAUAUCUCCCAAAAACCUUUACCUUAGAAACUUGUCGCCAACUUCGCGUCGAUUGGGAUUUAGCUCGAUGCAACUAUACGAAGAAUUUAUUACAAAUCGUCAAGGAUUAUGGACACAGCUCAAAAGUGUAUACUGACGCUGAAGAGAAAUGGGGACUUGUGGAGGCUGAGUGGAAAAGAGUAAGCGACGAGGCUAUGACGAACACUGUCAACCAAGCGCACAAUGGCCGCGAAACACCAUAA